UCGAUCGGUUGAGACAGCCCAGAAGUCUCACUAAAGAAGAAUGCACUCUACCCAGGACAAUACGAGAAGCCCUAGAGGUUACAAGGUUACUUAAAGAACGCUAUAUCUUCGUCGAUCAGCUUUGCAUCGUCCAGGAUGAUCAGCAGCAUAAAAUAGCAGAGAUUGCGCACAUGGCGGAGAUUUAUGCCAAUGCUUAUGUAACUCUCGUCGCUAUCGCGGGCUGCACGGUAGACUUUGGCCUACCCGAUAAUAUCGAGCAAUGGAUAUACCAAUGUCCGGUCAUGAAUAAACCGACUCGCUAUGAUAAACACUUUCAUGACACCAGAGUAAGAAACGCUGUUGAAUCCCCGGAAACUGUGUGGAAUACUCAAGGAUGGAUCUUCCAGGAGCGUUGGUUCGCGGGACGUCUUAUGUACUUCUUAAGCACCCUGGCGACUCAUGAAAACUUAGGCCCGCCUUAUUUUGGGCAAGAUGGCUCCGAUUAUGUAUCGUGGGAUUAUCAGCGAGCUUGGUGGCACGACAUACGCGAUAACAUGACGGACGAAUUGGAUAAACGUCUCAAUUCUGCGUCUUUAUGGCCAUCCAUAGGCCCGAUUACCUGGCCCGAUUUCUCACGAUAUGCGAGUGAAGUCACUUCAUAUGUUCCAAGAUACUUAACUUACGACUCCGACGUCGUCCCAGCAUUUGCAGGUACUGCUUCAGCACUUGCAAAGACUUUUCCUGGUGGUUUCUUGUACGGCCUUCCCAUUAUUUACUUUGACGUCGCACUCAUGUGGAUGUUUAACGAGAUCCAGGCUAUUAGGACGAUUGACACAAAGUCUGAUGAGAGUCUUCGGGCACCAAACUGGUCGGGGAUGUCCUGGCGUGCAGAAUUAGCCUAUCAUUUCUGGAACAGCCUUUUUGAUUUCUUGGAAACUACACCCGUUAGUCUUUCCAUCCAUUUAUCUAGUGGUGUGGUAUUUUCUCCCCUUGUUCGAUGGUCCUAUAUCGGCGCAAUAGGGGCUCGGAUCGCAAUCGAAAAUGGGUAUCAUAAGUACAGGUACUUUGCUCACGACAGCGAAAGUACACCACCUUUAGGAUGGGAUCGAAUCACGCCUUCUACGGCCAGUUCCGACAUACAGCAAACAUUCCGUUACACCACACCGGCGGCACCAGGGCAGAUAUUCCGGUUCCCAAUCCCACUUGUAGAUCCAUCAACUAUAACGAUACCAAAACCAAUCUCCAAUGUGAUUACAGGUCAGACCGAACGCGCGUACUUUUAUUUGGCUGGAGAGCGCGUCAUUGAGAGCUGGGGAGUGCAGCCCAUCCUCGAUAGCAACGGACAUUAUUCGGGCAGGUUUUGGGGAUUUGGCGGCACAGAUGGUCCAACAAAAGUUAAUCAGAAAAUCCAAUUGAUCGCGAUGUCCAACAGUCCCGAAGGAAAUAUCGAUGACUGCUAUGGAAAGAUUCUCAGGGGAGACCGUUGCACAAAGAAUCGAACUGGCGAUGGUGUGAAAGAGCGGUACAACGUUCUCUGGAUUGAGUGGACACACGGUAUCGCCUACAGAAAAGCCGUCGGCCAAGUCACCAAAGAAGCAUGGGAAGCAGCUGAUCGGGAACUCAUCGAUUUCGUACUUGGAUGAGAAAAUGUAAUCUUGAUCUUAAC